AUGCCGCGUCAUAUGUCGCCGUUGGACAAUGAUUCCUCGAUUAACCACGUGACGCACCUUUCCGGUAUGACUUUGGCAGACUUCACCACUCAAGAGCCCCAACUCCAUCUUGUAGAAGCCAGUUCGUCCUCUUCAAAGCAGCCGUUACAAUCACCGUCUACCAUGAAUCUCACCUCCAAGCGUUCCUCACGGGUAUCAGCAUCGACUACGAAGUCUCAACUGCGACAGACGAACUCCAUACUUGUCGGUAUGUUACAAGAUAUUCAGAACGAACUUGUAACCCAUCGAGCGAUUCUCUUGAAUAUUCAAAAUCGGGUAUCAACCCUUGAGGACGAAUCGAUUGCAAGCGCCAACAAAGACGGUCCACAGACCACACUUCGCGCACCCGAAGGCCACGACGCCCCGUCGAAACACAACAGCAAACUACUAGCACCUGAAGCAUCGCAUUGGUGGCAAGCGUGUAAGAACUUUGCAAGCAAUGCAGAGCCACCGAUUAGUGCUCGGGAGUUCCUCAAGACACCACAACGCUUGUCAAGCUUCGACCUCACGUGGGAUGCGCCCAAUAACCCUCCGCUUGCACCACCCGAUAUCGACGACAUACCACCUCUGAGUCCCGCUUCGGAUAAAAGUGACGAUAGUGAGCUUGUGAGUCCGAUCGGGCAGAAUGUGUUCUUGGGCGAGCUUAGUGCUUUGGGGCCAAACAUUGCAGGACCAAGCGGCGAAGUGGACGUCAACAUCAUAGAACGUACCGUCGAGUCUGACAUGAAGAAAUUUCCGGCUCCGCCUGCUUUGCAGCCUGCGCCAGGUGCAAAAUCCGCAGUGGUGGAGAACGAAGACUUGGUAGCCGCUAUUGAGCCGAAGCUUGUCGGCAACUCACAACAAUACUUUAAGGGAUUGAAAAGCUUGGCUACUUACAGAGCCUUGCUGAAGCACAAACCCUCCGAGAAGGAGCACCACGUCCUCAUCCACUUCCACCGGAGGAAAGACGUAGACCACCUCAGAGCUGCGUAA